AUUCUGCCGUCGGUUGAGGGUUCCCUUUCCGCGUCGCCGACUCUAAAUCCCCCGGUAACCGUUACGACUCGUUACACUACUAAAUACCGGCGUGUUAGUCGAGUCCCGAAGCAGACGGUUCUUUGCUCUUAUUUAACGUGCGGCCGGGCGGAAGGAUCCGUCUGAUCUUUGUAAAUAUUUUCAACCGGCGCGGCACGAGGCAGAGUGGCGCGCUUCUUACGAGAUGCCGACACCGUCCGACCGGUCUGGACCGGAUUACCGAUGGCUAUCCGCGGUGUGACCGUCCCGGUUGGCCCCUGAGAACACACCAGGACCCCGCUGUUAACCGAGUUUUAUUCCGCCGCUGCGUCUCUUCAGGAGGGGGAAGCCACGUCCAGCAUGCUGCUCUCCAAACGGGGCUCCUUCCCUCACAUCGCGCCCGGCGUGGACCUGCCGGCGAAGCUUCAGCCAGCCAAAUCGGAGAAGCAGCCGUUCGAGAAGCUGUACCGACUGGGCUCGGUGCUCGGCAGCGGGGGAUUCGGUACGGUCUACUCGGCCGUCCGCCUCGCGGACGGGCUGCCGGUGGCGGUGAAGCAUGUGUGCAGGGACAGGGUGACCGAGUGGGGCUCUCAGUGCGGCGCGGUGGUUCCUCUGGAGGUCGUGCUGUUGCAGAAAGUGGGCGGGGCGUUCGGCGGCGUGGCGCGGCUGUUGGGCUGGUGGGAGCAGGCGGACGGCUGGCUGAUGGUGAUGGAGCGGCCCGAGCCCGGCCAGGACCUGUUCGACUACAUCACGGAGCGCGGCGCGCUGGACGAGGCGGCGGCGCGCGGCUUCUUCCUCCAGGUGCUGGAGGCGGUGCGCCACUGCUACGCCUGCGGCGUCGUCCACCGAGACAUCAAGGACGAGAACCUGCUGGUGGACCUGCGGACCGGACAGAUCCAGCUGAUCGACUUCGGCUCAGGCGCCCUCCUGAAAGACGGCGCCUACACCGACUUCGAUGGCACGCGGGUGUACAGCCCUCCCGAGUGGAUCCGGUUCCGUCGGUACCACGGUCGAACGGCGACCGUCUGGUCUCUCGGCGUGCUGCUGUACGACAUGGUGUGUGGCGACAUCCCCUUCGAACAGGACGAGGACAUCCUGAGAGGGCGGGUCUACUUCAGACGGGAACUCUCCUCCGAAUGCCAGCAGCUGAUUGGCCGGUGUCUGAGCCAGCAGCCGUCUGACCGGCCGACCCUGGAGCAGAUCCUCCUCCACCCCUGGGUGACGGACACCGACGGCGUCACGCUCCACGCCAUCACAGCCACUUCAGACUCCUCAGACUCCUCCUCCAGCCAGCAGAGCCUCUGAUUGGUCAGCAUUAGUUUGCUGGGAAGUCUCUUUUUUUUUUUUUUUUCUGAGCAGCUCUGCUCCACAGCGCCCCCUCCGGGCCACAGAGGGGGCGACAGGCGGGGUGCCACCCGUCAGGUGGUGUUCAGAGUGCCUUGAGUUUGAAAGCUGCUGUGCGGAUCGGGGGUCGGUUAAUGAAACAAGAGGUGGUUAAGUCCCAGAAGAAUCCACUUAGUCUCCAAAGAAAGUUAAAAUGAACGAGCUAAGAUGCAGUGACUCGUUUUAUAGGGUUUUUACUUCCUGUUUCCAGUCUCUGUGCUAAGCUACGCUAACAUACGUCUUCAAUGUCGAUAUUCUCACUUCACACUCGGCAGGAAGUGAUUAACAGGAUCACCCAAAUAAUGUCUGACUGUAUUCCUGUCCUGAGAACCCCCACCUCCCAUACCACAUGAGCCCCCCCCCCCCCCCCCCCCCCCCGCAUUUCCUACACAACAAGCAAACAUAUCGAAUACCUGCAGGCAGAAAUUAAUCCCAAAAAAUAUUUAUAUUUUUCAAUCAGGAAAUGCAUGUUAUGGUUUUCUCCGCUACCCUCUUCAGGAAAAACUUUAUUUUUCUACAGUUGUGCGCAUCGAGACAGUCGUUUGAUUGUUUGAAAGUUUUUGAUCGGCCUCUGGGUAUAAAACGCACAGUCAAUGCAAAUAUUCAGUAUUAUAUUUUGAAUAUACUGUAUGAGUUUGUUUACAUAUGUAUAUAUUUUUAUAUAUGUUGUACAUUAUUUUUUUAUUUCUUUAGUAAAGAGACGCUCAUCAUUUGGUUAUUUAUUUAAGUUGUCUGACUUUUCUAAGAUGUUUUUCAUGUUUGUAAUUAACUUUUUUUUUUUUUUUUUUUUAAAUGGGAAUAAAAUCGAGGUCAGGAAUCCUCCGUUUCAUUUUGAUGUUUUGAAAUAAACAAUUCUGACAG